AUGGCGGCCGUYGGCCGGCUCCGUUGUUUUCAUAUUUUUAGUCCAAAAUUUUAUAGGUUUUUAAGAAUUCAUGCACAUUUUAGUACUUCAGCAGUCAUUAACAAUGCACAAGGACCGUUACCRACUUAUGAUGCUAUGGUUAAGAAUGGGGAACUCGACCUGGAUGAUCAUCAAAGAACAAUCGUGCAACAGCUACAGGCACUCUACAAAUCUGUGUCCAAAUACRACCCUCCAUCCCAGGGGAUGUUUGCAAAGUUUUUUAGUUCAAAGAGCAAGAAGGUUCCCAAAGGUGUAUAUCUUCAUGGUAGUGUAGGCUGUGGCAAGACAAUGCUGAUGGAUCUGUUUUAUCAUCAAGUUCCUGUCGACAAAAAAGUCAGAGUUCAUUUUAAUUCAUUUAUGCUGGAUGUACAUAAAAGAGUUCAUAAACAAAAGAAAUUAUUACCACCCAGAGAUCCUAAGUCCAUACGUUCACAGCCAUUUGACCCAAUACCACCUGUUGCCGCAGAGAUUAGUCAGGAGGCGUGGCUGCUGUGUUUUGAUGAGUUCCAGGUGACAGACAUUGCAGAUGCUAUGAUUCUCAAGAAACUAUUCACAGUUUUGUUUGAUCAAGGAGUGAUUGUUGUUGCUACAUCGAAUCGACACCCUGAUGAUUUAUAUAAAAAUGGUUUACAAAGAAGUAAUUUUAUUCCCUUUAUACCAGUAUUAAAGAGUCGAUGCAAUAUUUUAUGUUUGGAUUCUGGAAUAGAUUAUAGAAUGAGAGACAUCGUCCACAUAGGAAAAGUGUACUUUAGUUCUCAUGAUAAGAAAACAGAACAAGAGUUAGACUGGAUCUUCUCAAACAUGGCUGAACAAGAAGCCUUAACUGGCGACAUUGAAAUCAAGCCUCGAGAUAUCGAAAUAGUGCCGGGUGGCCGGACCAUCCAUGCACCCAUAACGUGCGGUCGAAUAGCGGACUUUACAUUUGAACAACUGUGUAUGAAGCCUGUUGGUGCAGCUGACUACCUGGCUCUCUGUAAACACUUUGACGUCAUCAUGGUUCGRGAUGUUCCACAAAUGACUCUAUUCAGAAAGACUGAGGCGAGACGGUUUAUUACUCUGAUAGAUGCUUUAUAUGAUAACAGGGUUCGGUUGAUUUGUUCUGCUGCGACCUCGCCUGCGGACCUUUUCCAAGCAUCACCUUUGAGUCCCAAGGAUAUCGAGGACCGUCGGAUGUUAAUGGACGAUUUACAGUUGUCAACGGAUAACAUUGAUGCCAAUGCUAGUAUAUUUACCGCUGAAGAAGAAAUCUUUGCAUUCAAAAGAACAGUUUCUAGAAUGGCAGAAAUGCAGACAGAAGAAUAUUGGAAAUCACAAACUCGACGAACACAAAAAGAGCAUUGACAACGCUAUAAGAAAUUGGAACUGACGCUUUUUGCCAAUAGCCACAGAUUAUUGGAUGUCCGAGUGGGACGUUUACUAGUUUAUUUUAUUUUUUAUUUUUACUUUAGUUAAUUACAAUGCAGUAUUUGAAUGAAUGUCAUAUUUGACGAUGAUCCUCAUUAAUGAAUCUAUUUCCAACGAACGGCCCGGUGGGCAUCCCAUAAUUGGUUUUAAUGCAUCAAGAUGACGGUCUGAUAAAAGUAUUAUUAUUUUACAUUCAUAAAAAUGUCUCGGGGAUUGUGGAAACGAUGUCAARCCGUUUUUAGUCGAUGGAAAAACAACAAAUCAAUUUUGUAUUAGCCCAUAUUUCCUGGAUUUUUUUUAAAUUAAGAAUCUAUUAUAUAUUUAUUAUAUCAAAGAAUUGUUAUAGACUAACAAUCAAAAAUAAAGUAUUUUCAUUGAUAGACUUCUCUACUGAUUGCUUCAUUAAUGCGCUCGAGUGAUAACCGCUUUUGCUUAUUAUUUUACUCUUCUAGCCCCCUGUUCAUUCCUCCCAGUCCACUCCUCUUUAAUAUACUGGACGUUGGUUAUCACAACAAAUGUACAAUCUCAAUUAGUACUAUCGCUAUUCUUGUAGGGGUUCUGCAAAGGAUGAAUAGCGCCAUCCACCACAUAAAUCCUUAUUUCAACAGAUAAAAGCCAUACAAAAUCGACUGGAAAAGGACUGGAAAACUUAUCCAGCCUUAGUACCGGCCCCAGGUCGCCCACUCAAGCAUUGCUCAGAAGAUUCGUACGUAG